AUGGUAAAAUAUGCAUUGGUCUAUCCCCAGGAACCAGUAUUGUACCUUCUAAAGCUGAGAGACUACAAGAACACUUCAACUGAACAACCUGCCGGCACAACUCCAACCAUGCAAUCCUGCCUGGCGAACAUGAAAAGUCAGAUGCUCGGACCAUUGCAACAGCCCAUCAUCGGUUCCAUUGGCAGUCGGAGACUGGGCAUAUGUGCUGGGACCAACGACCUUCAUCCGGGGAGGUUGGCCGUCGUCUAUACAGAGGAGAAAACGUCACGGCCAUGGAUGGGAAAGAUAACCUCCGUAGAAGAGAAAGAAGUGACUAUCCACUGGUACCAGGGGACUUAUGAGAAAUCUUGGAACCCAAUGACUGGAGUUGAAAGCCUUUCAACCGUUCCCCGAGAAUCACUCCUCUUAUGGGGAUUCACUCUAACAGACAAGAGGCAGCUGCUGAGGAGCGAAACGAGGGAAGAAUUAAAGCGGCUUUAUCAAGAGACUGACCAAAUAAUGCAACGUGAACCAGAGACUUCAGAAAAAAAACUAUGUACGGUCUCCAGGCCCUUUGGAAAAGUGCUGAAGUCGGGAAGGAAGAUGGCGGCGGGAUCUUACGAAGCCGAUCGUCCAAUGGAUGAAGAUUGGGCUCCCCUCAUCCUUCGAUUCUGUGCAAAAGGUGUUUUAGUCAAAUGA